AUGACGACAACAAAGGGCAAGCAGACAAAAUCGCAUCCUAUCGUUCUGUUGUUGAUAGCUGUCGCCUCUGCUUGUGUUGUUUUGUGGCCUUGGCUAUUCAACAUACAGAAGCAAAAACUCCAGCUCGCUUCUCGAAUUUUGCCUUUAUUUGACUCACAUUUGCGUGAUAUCUUCUUGGAUCCUUGGUCAUGGCAAACGUAUGAAAAAGAAUAUGCCCAGACAAGAACGUAUGAUUGGAUUAUUUCUCGAUCCCUUGUUGCCCCAGAUGGUGUUUUACGCGAGAUGAUCACUGUCAAUGGCGCAUUUCCCGGUCCAACAAUCGAGGCAAAUGUAGGCGAUCGAAUUAUCGUUAGGAUACAAAAUCAUCUUACUUUUCCUGAAAACCAACCUGAGCGACAACGAUAUUCAACAAUGAUGCACAAAGUACACCACAAACACACAGACAGUCAUGUUGCAUUGCAUUGGCAUGGAUUACGAAUGUAUGCACAAUCAGAUCAAGAUGGCGCGCAUGGAUUCACAUCUUGCAGUAUACCUCCUGGCAAGUCUCACACGUACAACUUCACUUUAGGGUCGGAAGAUGUAGGAACACACUGGUGGCACUCUCACGUAGGGAUGUCAAGAAGUGAUGGUUUAUGGGGAGCAUUGAUUGUUCGCGAUCCGGAAGAGAGGCAUCGAAUUGCCACAAUGGCCGGUCAGUCAUACGAUGCAGAAGCAUUGGUCGCUUUUGGAGAUCAUUAUCAUAAGACUGGCGCACAUCAGUUGUCUUGGUUUAUGUCUUUAUCCUCUCUGGGUUUCGAGCCAACACCUGAGUCAAGCUUGAUCAACGGCAAGAAUAUUUUCAAUUGCAGUCGAGCCAUUGCACCUGACACUGCUUGUAGCUCCCUGCACUCACAGUAUUCACAGAUUCCUCUCGGCACAAAAGAUGAGAAAACUAGGUUACGACUCAUAAAUGUAGGAGCAGUUGCAAACCAAUUCGUCAGCAUUGAUCAUCAUACGCUAACGGUUGUAGAAGUUGACGGUACUCUCAUCAAGCCAUUUACUGUCCGCAGAUUAACAAUUGCUCCAGGACAACGAUAUUCGGUAAUUGCCGAUAGAGCCAAAGACUUUUCAGAUGAUAAGGUAGAGUAUUGGUUUCGCACGACGAUCGAUCAUGAAUGCUUCAAUAUGCCUAAUCCUGCUUUAACCUUGACAUCGAAAGCGAUUAUUCGAUACACAGAAAAACAAAAGCAAGCCCAAGAGGGAAGCGAUGAGAUCAAUCAAAUGUGGAAUAAAUUGUCAAUCUUUGGCGGGAAAAGUAUACCAAAAACACAGCCCUGGUCUGAAGUACCUGAACCGGAGAAUGGGAUCUUAAUGGAUUCAUGUCAAGAUGUACAUCAUUCAGCUUUAAAGCCACUGUUUGGAGAGCAAGAUCCUGCGCCUGCUACCUUUGAUCAGCAAUUCAUUUUAGAUGCAAGAAUGCCAAGGCUUUCAACGAAUAAACUGGUUCCAAUGGGAUAUAUCAAUGGUUCAUCAUGGCGUUCAGAUGAGAAUGAACCGCUUCUCAAUCGGUAUACUGUCCGAGAGAAACAUGGAAGUGCUGCAAACCCCGCAGAAAGGAACGGUCCAAUGGUGUUAGAGUUACCUUUACAUCAUUCUACACCCGGUUUCAUUGAGGUGAUUGUGCAAAAUUGGGAUGACGGGCCACAUCCAUUCCACUUACAUGGACACAAGUUUUGGGUCAUGGAAACAUUUCAAACGGCGUAUUUGCAUGGUUUAUACAAGGAUAAAGGUCAAUCAAAAAAGUAUAACUUGAGCGAAGCAACAAAGAGAGAUACUGUCAAUAUUCCAAGACGAGGAUAUGCAGUUCUUCGUUGGAAAGCUGACAAUCCUGGCGUUUGGGCGUUUCAUUGUCACGUUCUGGUUCAUAUGGUUAGCGGAAUGGCAAUGGCCUUUGUUGAUAUGCCUGAAAAGAUUCCCGAUCUUGGAAUAUCGACCAAAAUGUGUAAACCUUCACUUUGACUUGCCAUGCUUGCUUAGCAUCAUCCUUCUCCUUAGCGCCUCUAUCAAAUUAGCGUUUCGGCAGGCACCCGUCAAAUGUUGCUGCGGAGGUAGGCUUAGCUUUUGCAGUAGCGUAUGAAUUGCGAACGUGGUCAUGCAAUUAACCAUU